AUGGGCAAACCAAUCCACCCCGCAACAGUCCACUUCCCCAUCUCCUUCCUCUUCCUCUCCUUUACUCUAGACAUUCUCCACUCCACCCGCGCCUCCCUCCCCACCUCCCUCCAAAAUUCCCUCUUGGGUCCCCACGACCUCACCUCCGCCGCCCACUCUCUCCUCUCCCUGGGCCUCCUCACCGCCAUCCCAGCCGUUGUGACAGGCGGCAGAGAACUCAUCACCAUGAUUCAAAAACAAGGAAUGUACGAAUCUGAUGGCGUAACGGUCAAGACGAAAGUGAAAGCGACGAUUGCACAUGCUGUGGCAAUGGAUGUUUUGUUGGCUGUUUCGACUUGGAUUUGGUAUUCGAGACGACAGGUUUCUGAAGGGAUGGAAAUGAAGGAAUCGACAGACGACUCAGCAGUGUAUGCGCAUUCUACAAGCUUCGUUGUGGCAGAAUUUUUGACUUUGGGAUUAUUACUUCUCGGAGCGAAUAUUGGAGGCACGUUGACGUAUAAUUAUGGAGUGGGGUUUUCGAGUUUGAGUAAGGCGGGGAAGAAGGAUGGUAAGAAGAAAUCCCUAUAA